AUGGUUUCACCACUAUACAUCAUGACGACGACACCAUUAUCAUUGUCACCGCCAUCGUCAUCAAAUAUCUCAAAACUCUUUUCAUCUUUGCCACCUGAACAACAAACUUCUUUUAGUAUAAAUGAAUUAACAACCAACCAAGAAGAUUUCAAAUCAGCAAAUAACGAUCAUUAUACUGAUACAUUUUCCAAUUUUUCUUCAAUAUUAACCGAGCAAAUUAUAAAUAUGCCAUCAGCGGCUGCUGCCUCUAUGACAACUUGGACACCUUCUUCACUUGGUUCUUUAAGUAAUUCUAUUACUGAUUCAUUAACUUUCAACACGAAUAAAGCUCCCUCUCCUUCUGUUGGUGUUGGUUUUAAUAAUUAUUUAACUAGUAUGGCAAGCGUUGGCGGUGGAAUGAAAGAUAAUAUUAGUGUUGGUACUAGUGGGAGUGUUUACACUGGAGAUCAACAAGCUCAACAAGCAAAUUUAAAAGAAAAAGCAAAACGAGCAAGUGCAGAAGUCGAGCAUUACUUGUAUCAUUUAUAUAAUGAUUCAUCCAUUGGAUUAUAUCAUAUGAGCGAACAUAUUAGAAGACGAGUACCACAAAUCAUUGAAGAUAAAAAAUCUUUAAUUUCAUCAACAAAAGAUGUUGAAAUAUCUAAUUCUGAUAUGAAAGAUUCCUUGGGAAUUGUUGAAUCAAUAACAAAAACAUCAAGUUUUGAUAAUAUUGAUGAAAUGUUAAAAAAUACAAUUAAACUAAUCCAAGGAUCAAAGAGUAAAAAGGUUCCUCCAAGCACACCAAGUGCUAAAAAGACAAGACUAAUCAAAAACCAUAUAAAUCCCCAAACUUGUGCUGGACAACAACGACAUUGUUUGGCAAAUUUAGAUGCAUCAGAUUCAUUUACUUUACGAAAAACUUUUCCAAUUCCAAUAAUAUAUAUAGGAUAUCUUGGGUCAUCACUUAUAGGAGCGUUAUUAAUUUUUUGUGGAUUUGAUCCGUUGGCUUCAAAGGUUGCGUCAAUGAAAAGAAACACAAGUUCUUCGACAACAUAUAAUAAAAAACAUUUAAUUCCUACUUCUGGAACAUAUCCCAAAGGAUUUAAAGCAACAGGAUUUGAAGAUGCUAAAAUCAUGUCUGAUGAAGUAUCAAAAUUAACUGGAAAACCAUCUAGUACAUUGGUGAUGUCAACAGGUGUUAUUGGCCAAAAUUUACCAAUUGAUAAAAUCACAAAAGGAAUCCAUCAAGUUUAUCAACAAGCAACUACUGAAACUCAUGAUGGUUGGAUGGAGGCAGCUGAAAUCUUUCAUGACAACUGA